AUGUCAUCUUCUGAUCGGACACUACAAGACAGGCAAGAUUCAGUCAGUUUGGACACUGACACGGGAAUUGUAGGAUCUGCUUCUGGUACACGAAGUUUGACUGUCGCUUCUGCACCGUCUGGUCAAUCUCUUCAAGGAUCAGAUGCAGGUCCUUCUCAAACGACUGCUUCGCCUAAUCCAAUUUCAGGUUCAUUAAGAACUAUCGGUCUGCCUGCUGUCGGAGGCCUAUCAUCCCCGACUUCAAGGGGAUUCGACACUGUUGCCUCUGGGACAUCACAAGAGCAUGUUCAACCCAAAAUUUUCACCUCAACAGGCAACAUUGCCCCAUUGCCUCCCUUUUCUUACAAUGUCUUUCCAAGAUCGAACUCUACUUCUGGGAGUCCUCAACAAUCAUUAUCUUCUCCUGUGAGUGUCGAAGUCUUUUGGUAUCAUGGCCAUUAUACAAUUUCCUAGUUUUUAUAUUUAUUUGUUAUGUUCCUACUUGUUUUUUUAUUCAGAUUGUAAAAAUAACACCACCAAUGCCGCCAUCUGCUCUUCAACCACCAGUUCCUGGGCAAGCUUCAGUGUUGAGGCCUUCUUUUUCAUAUAAUAUCUCUUCACUGUCUAAUGUUAAUCCCACAUUAAGUCAGCAGUUUCAGCCUUCCAUUGUAAGUCCAACUGAGUUCUUUACUUUACGUUACUUUGAUAUUAUUCUAUUCUACAGUACCAUUAAACUGCUGUGUGCUUCUUUUCCAGGUUACAGGUAACACUAAUCUGCAUGCUGACCUAUCGAUACCUUCGGCAGUUGUUCCAUCAUUUCAACAGUCCGUUGCUGGGCAAUCAGUGGGUUUAAAUUCAAAUUCACUGGGUUCAAUUAAACAGAAUCCUUCAGCUGUUGCACAGUUGUCAUCAUCAACAAGCUUCUCAUACAGUGUUAAUUCCCAUGCUGGGACAGUUGAUUCCUCACAGAAGGCAGUGUCAUCAAAGUCGGUAUGUUUAUCUUCACUCAUUUUUCUUAGAGAGUUUUUACUUGUGUGCUGAUGAUCUGACUUUCUGAAUUAUUGCAGACUACCUCAGGUGCAGCUGUAGCAGAGCCCAUUACUGUUACUUCUUCAUCAAUUACUUCACAAUCCUCGCUGUCAGUGGCACAUGUGCCUCCUAGUUUUAGUACAAAUCUACCUCCAUCUCCUAAUUUGAAUUCUGCAACCAUUCGAAUGUCCAUUGUCCCAUCAUUUUCUAGGCCAUCUGGGAUGCCAGGAAAUGCUGGCCAAGGACCAUCGAGGUUGGAUUCUACCAAUUUGCCUCCGAGUCUUACUAUUCAGCCAACAAAUGUGGACUCAUCUUCAUCAAGGCCCAUUUUGCAAUCUCCUGUUUCAGCUCCACAAAAUUUGGUUCCGGCUCCAGUUUCAAUUCUGCAAAAUAUGCAACAGCAAAAUUAUCCAACUUAUCCAUCAAUACCUCCUCAGCCUGUAGCUCCUCAGGCUCUUUGGUUGCAUGGUCCUCAUGUGGGCACUGCGCAACAUGCCCAAUUUGUACCGUAUGCUGGUGCUCUUCCUGCUUUUCCAAUGGCUAUGCAGAGUAUGCCUUAUGUUCCUUCGCCAAAUUUGCAGCCUCCUGGGAUUUCUGCCCCUGUUUCUUCUGCAGGAAUGCAAUCUGCGACAGUUGAACUUGUCCAGGCAGGGAAGGAUUUUAGUGCACAAUCAGCUACUGAAGGCAUUGGUAAUUUUUUUCCCUGUUCUUAUUUCUUUGAUUCAGGUUCCACAGAAUGAUCAUGCAGAACAAUGUUUAGGGAUGGAAAUGGGUCAGGCAUGGCACAGCUGUGGUCACCUCAUACAAAGUCUGGACUUGAUCCCAAGAAAGUCUGGAAACUAGGUUCUGCGCUAGAUCUUCUGAAACCUGAGCCUAGUAUCGGCCCAGCCCAUCCAAUGACUUUCCCGUUGGUGGUAGCCAUGUAUGUGGGAAGUGGGCUCCUAGAUUGGAAAAGGGUGGAUUCUGCGGCGGAUAGGGUAGAAAGGAUGUAGUCAGAUAGGAAGAGGAAGAGGCGUGUGAGCAGAUAGGUAGAGGACAUGGUCUCCUAAGGGAACUGAUGAAAGGGGCUACAGCUGGGUGUAGUAUGGGAACAUGAGAGGCCCUGGAAAAAGGGUUCACUAGAUAAGGAGAGGUUUGGUUUGUGGGGUGAUGGUGGAUUGCAGUGUGCAUGAAGGGUGUUGGGUGGAGGAGGCAGGGCAGUGGUAGUGUGGGAAGGGGCAUUAGGCAUCUGUUCUGGAUCUCUGAAGUUCAGAUCUUAAAUGAUAAACUGCUACCAUUUCUGGUUUCCACGGGCUGUUGAGACCCCAUUCCUGUGACAUUUUAGACUGACUUGUUGGUCAUGGAUCAGGUACAGAACAUGCUGCUGAAGCCUUGGGCAAGAAUGCGGAUUUUGCUAAGAAUGAAGAAACAGAUGCAUGGACCUCACACAGAACCGAGAAUGGUGCCAUAUACUAUUACAAUUCCAUUACGGGCAAAUCAACAUAUGAAAAGCCUUUGUGUUUUAAAGGCGAGGUAGAUGCAUUGCCCUUUUUGAUUGCUGUUAGAUUAGAUAUUUCAACAAGUUAUUGAGUUUCAGUUACCUGCUCUCUGCUUUUUGCAGCCAGGGAAAUCAGAUGCUCAGCCAACUCCAGUUUCAUGGUAUGCUUGCUGAGUUUCUGGUAGGAUAGACUCUAUUCUCAAAUUUAAUAUUGUAUAUGGAUGUUAUUAUGACUCUUCUAUAUUUUUUGCCUUUUUAUUAGUUAUGACUCCUAUAUGUUUAUAUUAAUUGUUAAUAUUAUUGCGUUUUCUGAUCUAGUUCUAUUUUUUGUCUCUCUAUUCUAACUGCUGCCGUUUCGAGUUUAGAUGCUGCAUUGAGAAGCUUAAAUGUAUAUAACUGGUCAAAAAAUUUCUUGCGAGCUUGUGACUGACCAUGCGUUUUUUUUUUUUGUUGCCUUAUUUCGUAACUCAGCUUUUGUGUUGUUAACGAUUUGAGACAUGUAAGGUGCAUAUUAUCUUAAUUGCAAAUCUUUAGAUGCUAGAGUCAUUGAAAAACAAAAGCUAUUGUUAAUGAAUGAGGUGCUCCUCAGCUUUAUAACAUAUUUCUCUGUACUAAAUUUUAUAGAACUAUCCUUAACACACAUCUGCAAGUGUAAGCAAUCGUUUUGGGUUUUGUCGCAUGCAUAAUAUAAAUGUGUACAUGUUUUUUUAAGAACAACCAUUGGCUGUGAUACUAUAAUAAAUCCAUUAACUGUUCAACUCAAAUAAAUGACAAAAGUAUAAAGUGGGGAUGUCGUAAUAAUUAGAGUUUUGUUUUAAUAUUAAAUAAUGCGGAACUAUUCUAUCAUCUGUAUUUGAUUUGGUCAGAGUCAGAGAUCUCUAGUUUUCAAUGCUAAAUAACUUAGUGGCAAACAAUAACUUGAGUUGCUAUUGCGGUCUUAAAUUAAGCUCCCUCUGUUUUUAAGGAAGCAAGUCUGCUAAUUAUUGGUGCUGUAUCAUAUAAACUGUGCUUGAAGUACGUUGUAAGUGCGUGAUAAUUGUGUAGUAACAUUGACUUAUAUCACUUUUUGGUGAGGUUUAGGCCAUCGGAUAUAGUAUUUUACUCUAAAAGUUUCUGUUGAUUUUAUGAAUUUCUAUGAAGGGGCUAUGUUUUGGCGUACAUUAAUUUAUAAAUAUUAAUCUUAUGCAGGGAAAGGAUAGCUGGUACUGACUGGACAUUAGUCACUACAAACAAUGACAAAAAGUACUACUAUAACAACAAAACAAAGGUAUUUAUUUCGAUAAAGGACCUUUUAGUAUCAUCCUUACAUAGCCAUUAUAUUAUCAUCCUUGCUGACAUCGAAUGGAAACUGCCCACAAGAAAUUGCUUGCCUGAUGAAUUUUCAUUUGGACCAUUCAUAAAAAUCGUCAUGAUUUUCGAAGGUCGCUUGCUUAUCUCUCAUCUUGGUAGUUAUUUUAGUUUUCUUUCGUUCGUUUGAAUUUUUCCAGAAUGGAACAUCAUGACAAUGUAAAAGUUUUGCUGUAAAUAUAAUUUUGUGGUGUAAAAUAUUCCCUAGGUGUUUGAAGAUCUCCUUCAUUAAUUAAUCUCAAUAAUGUUAGAAGAAUAUUUUGGCUCUGUCUCUGAUGUGCUCGGGUUAGUAAGUAGAGCAAGGUCUUCAACAAUCCAUUAUCCAAUAUCUAGCAGGAUGUCUCUGUUUGAUUUUCCUUUGAUACGCCAGAAUAGGAGGUUUUUUUGCCAAUUUAGUUUUAAUGAAUAAUAGUGUACAAUUUAUUAACUUCAGACACCCUUGUGCAAAGUCUUUGUACAUAAUUUUUUAAUAUACACAACCCUUGAAGCAAUGGACCAAAGAUUGGUGGUCACUAUCUCCACAUUGUUGCUGCACAUAGUUCCUUCUGGAACCAGAAACUUGAGACCCGCAGUGUUAUAAGAAAACCUACAGUCUUAUCUCAACCAUGUCUCACACUCAGAAACUUCCACAACUUAUGUGAUACCCCUCUAUCCACAUGAGAUAUUCUUUCAUGAUAAGUAGUUUGUUCUGCGUUUUGUGGUAGAUGCCAUGUCCUCAGAAUUGGGGGAUUUGAAUUGAAAUGGGAACAAGCCAAUCUGUUUUUGGGGGGCAGCAGCCAAUCUACCAUGUCCUAAACAGGGUUGCAAUUUGUAUAAAAACUCUGGUCCGCAAAAAAGUAUUAUUUGAGUUUGUUAGAAAACUGAUUAGUGGAUGAAAUGCUGUGUGUGAGCAUUAAGUCUGACUGAAAUAUUAGGAAUCUGUCGAGGAAGUUAUGCAACUUUGUUAGUCCUGCUCAGCUUUUCAUUCGUUCUAAUGUUUCCUUUGUUUAUGUAUGCUAUCUUGUAGUCAUUUAUUUAUUUCAUUGUUGACUGAUGCUUGUUUUUCCAGCCCUUAUUUUCCUGGUGCCAUACUGACGUUUCUGAAAUAAAUAGGGUGAUUACAUGCUCAUGCACUGUUAAUUGUGAAACAUGGUUUAUAGCUUUUCUCUCAUCGUGCUAUUGUUUAUGUUUUAUUUUUCACUUAAAGUCUUGGGAAUCUUUGUCUGUUUUUGCUGAUUCAGAUAAGCAGUUGGCAAAUCCCAUCCGAGGUUUCGGAGCACAAAAAGAAUCAGGAUAGCGAUCCUUCAAAAGAAAGUUCAAGCUCAAUUCGAAAUCCUAGCAUAACAAACGACAAUGGUUCUGGCCUUGUCGGUGUAAAUGCAUCUGCUGUUCAAACAGGUGGCCGUGAUAUGGCUUCCUCUAGGACUGUUCCUCUUAUCUCUUCAUCUGCAUUGGACUUAAUUAAAAGGAAGCUGCAGGAUGCAAGUGCUCCUGUCACAUCCUCGCUGCUUCCUUCAUCUGCCCCGGAAUUGACAGAGUUGAGUGGCCCUGGUGUAGCUGAUGCCACAGUUAAAGGCCAACAGAGUGAAAAUAGCAAAGAUAAAAUAAAAGACGCAAACGGGGAUGCCAACAUUUCAGAAUCUUCCUCAGAUUCAGAUGAUGAAGAUAAUGGACCCACGAAGGAAGAGUGUAUUAUCCAAUUCAAGGUGAUUUUCUUUAUACUUGUGUCUUGUCAGUAUUAUUUAUUUAUUAUUUAUUUUUUCUGUUGAUAUAAAAUUAAGUGGAUUUUCAGAAAUUAUUUUUCUUGUUUCUGUAACUAUGGAUAAUCACAAAGAGGCUCUUUGUGAAAAGCUCUCAUUUGUCAUUUUUCAUGUUGCAUCUAACUUGGAAAAUUUUCAUAUAUGUUUGAUCUUGUUAUUUCGAUUCUGCAGGAGAUGCUCAAAGAACGAGGUGUAGCGCCGUUUUCAAAAUGGGAGAAGGAACUACCUAAGAUAAUAUUUGAUCCACGUUUCAAGGUUUGCUGAUUUAAAUACUUUAAUUAUGAAUAUAUUUGUUUGAAACUCUUGCAACUCUCAUUGAAGAUUUGUUGGACCCCGAAUGCUUCUGUUUGAAAACUAUUGCAACAUAUUUUUUUUUGACUUCAUAUUAUUAUCUUCUUCUUUCUUUAACAAUUAGCAUUGUGUGCACUUUUUUCUUACAAUUAACAGUUAGCAUUGUGUGCACUUCUUUCUUCAUUUGAAUCUGUCUAUAUUUCGAUACAUGGCGUCAUAGAUGUGCUGAUUUAAUUUCUUGUUUUGAACCAAUCUCGCUUACAGUUUGACAUAUCGUUGUCACUUUGGUUACUGUAUGUUUUGUUAUUUGUGUACACCUUUUUUCACCCAUUUUUAGUUUGGUAUCGUAAGACUCAAGUGGAUUCAGUUAUUUGAAUGGGUGAAGUUAAUUGUUAUUGAAACAGAGGUGGAUUGGAUUCUUGGAAUCUGUUGAUUUGGCGGUGAUGUGAUCUGAACCAAUGAAGUACUAUCAAAGUCAUUUGAAUGUAUUCUAGGAGAACAUGAUUUGGGCGGAUGGUUUGGGUGUUUGAUAGAAACUUUUUAUUUCAAUCCAAGCAGGAUCAGUCUCUUGGCAAUGUGUUUACGGGUACAUGGAAAAAAAAAGGUAACAAUCUAUAUUCUGAAACAUAUUGCUAAGUUGGACUGGGAAAAUGUCAAUUUUGUGACUGAUCUUACUAUUCUGGAAUGUAAUAUAUGGCAAAGUCCAAUUCGCUCUCUGAGUUGGAUCUUAAUAAUCUCUUCUGUAUUCUCAUGCAGAAAAGUUGGUUGUAAUUUGACUCAGGCUUUCAUAUGUUUUCUUUCAUGAUGGAUUUUUGCUCGUAUCGAGUUUAUUUGAAGGUGGUUUAUGAACCAGGGAUCCUAAAUAUUUGAGCAGUUUCCCUGGAGAUCAUCUUGGACACUACAAUAUGGACAUUAACUGGCAGUUAGUGAGCAUGAUAUCAGAUUCAAUCGUUUACAUAAGUCCUGAUGGAGCGAAGGGCACAAAUCUGUUGCAGCUGCCUCACUUUUGUACCAGCUUUCAGUGUAUUAGAAAAAUGUUUGCAUUUAUGCUUCAAUGAGAGAAGCCUCUUACUAAUAUUGACUCUUAAAAUGUGACAGUAUGUUCACAAAUGGAAACGGUAUUAAACUUGUGGAUUGUGUGACUAAUAUAUUUCGACAUGCCUUGGUCACUCGGUUGCAUGUUUUUAUUUCCGCAUACCUUUUAUGCUGCAGUGUUUGUAUAUCUAGGUCUGUGCUUUUACCUAUCUGUACAGGUGCAGACAAGCCUGUGACAGCUUGUCUUGGUUUCAUAGAGACAGGCAAUUUCGAUAUUUUCUUAUUUGUGACAUUUUUUUUACAAUUUCUGAGGUUUAAAUUCGAAAUUAGAGAAGAUAUUCUCUAAAUUCGUUAGAAAUUGUUUACUUUUAGUGAUGUAGUUUAUUUUUUUGAAUAGCCAUAAAUCUUUAAUUAUACCUUGAAAUACUGCAUCAGGCAUGCAUCGUACUGAUGGAAAGGUGAAACCGAAAUUAUAAGAGGAAUACUAAAUAAGAAUGUGCAUGAUGGAAAUUGGAAUGGUAGAAAAUAUUUUACGAAUUAGCAAGCAGCAAGAGGAUGAAAUAUGGUUGAAUACGUGCCACAUUGAAUGUAAGUAACCAUCUAAACAAAAUGAGCAUCCAAUGCUGAAAUGCAAUGAGGUUUCAAGAUCUGUAAUAUGCAGGUCUAGUUUUUACAAGAUCCCAAGUUACCGUUUAUUUUAAAAAAGAGAGUCCAUUCUUCUUUAGCUUUUGAUUUCUAAUGUUUGCCUUCCUUAUCUAAUGGCACAUGGUCAGAGAUAUCCUUCACAAAUUUUGUUUUCUUGUUGGAGAUGGUUUUUUUUUCCCUUCACGUUUAUAUCUGAUUGCUGAAUAGUGUUGAGGCAAGUUUGCUAGUAUGCUGAGAGGAUUCUUUUUCUGGCAAAUGUUUGCCUUUGUUGGUGAAAAUCGACCCUGUGCCUUUUAUUGACAUGAUUUUGAGCCUUUUUGGGUAAAUGUUAUUCGCUGAUCGUGACUGAUGUCCUCAAAUGGGUAUUCUGAUUGAAGGCUGUGCAAAGUCAUUCUGUUCGGAGGGCUUUAUUUGAACACUAUGUUCGGACGCGAGCUGAAGAAGAGCGCAAAGAAAAAAGAGCUGCACAGAAGGCUGUGAUAGAUGGUUUUAAACAGUUGUUAGAUGACGCUUCAGAGGUUGCUUUGCCAUCAUAUUUUGGUUUCCACUCUAUGAAAUUUCGGAUUCUUUUUUUUUUUAAUUAUUGUAUUUUACCAUCACUAAUGGUUGUAUAUAACAGGACAUCAACCUUAAGACAGACUAUCAAGCUUUCAAAAGGAAAUGGGGUAGUGAUCCCAGAUUUGUGGCAUUGGGUCGCAAGGAAAGAGAGCUUCUUUUAAGUGAGAGGUAUGUUUAUUGAGUGAUGAUGCAUAAACGCAUUCAUAUAAAAUCAUCUCGUUUAGCGGCCAUAUAAAUAAUAGUCAAAAUUUUGUAAAUUGUUUUUGAUUUUACUCGCAGAAUUCUCUCAAUUAAGAAGGUGGUUGAGGAGAAGAUUCAAUCUGUACGUGCAGAUUUUAAGUCUAUGCUUCGAGAGAGAGCCGGAAUAACAGUCUCCAGUCGUUGGUCUAGGGUAAGUAUGUAUUGGCUGUUAUUUUUCUAGGUCUGAGACGCCUUGGAUUUUUUUCACCUGUCUUUCUGAUCAUUCUGUGGUUGUGCGUUUAAUGUAGUAAAAUAUGGCCUCUCAAUCUCUUAAAUGAUCACAUGAGAGUACUUUUCAGUUAAAAUUCAUUGUACGUUUUUAAUGAUUGCUGCUUACCGAAUGAAUACAUCACAUUAUAAAUGACUCCAACAGAGAAAAUCCUAACCCUAAAGUUAAAACACAUUAUUCAUUGCUUGCUUAUUGCUUGUACGUCUAAAUGCGCUAUAAUUAUUACACUUUUUGUGCUGAGUUUUUGGGCUACUCUGACUGUGAUAUUUAGUCAAAUUUCGAAAUAAGAAAAGAGCUCUAAGAGGUCAUCAUAGUGACAUUAGCUCAAUGAUUAAAGGAUACGUUUUCCCCUUUUACAUAGUUGAAAUUAGUAGGUACAUUUUCAUCAUUUUUUCUUCUUCUUAUGUUAUUCUUAAUUGUGUGAUAAAAAAAUAUUUGUAUGUGCACCCAAGAUAUACGGUCUUAUUUGUCUUGAAUCUCCAGGCCAUUGAUUUUUAUGCUGUCCUCAAUCUACUUUGGCUUCCUAUCACAAGUCAUCAAUUACAAAAUACUUCUCAACCAAAUGGGACAUCAAUAAGGGGGUAAAAUCUCUAAUGAGGAGAUGUGAUAGUAUGACCCUAAUGACGAAUGUGGUCAUAGGAGAUGAAUAUUCACUUCUUCACACAGGGUUGGUAGAUAAGGAAAAUAUUUAGUGGUGAAUGGUAGUUAAAAGGGAAAGUAGAUAAAUCAAUAAGACAAUAGAUUUAGUAAGGUGCUAAUAUUUUGUGUUGGAUAUUUAGAGAGAGGGUUACCUUUGGUAGUAGUGGUGGGCAUUAGAGCCUUGCUCAAUUCAAUGAUGUCAGAUCCAACAACUAUAGACACACCUAUCCAUCAUUAUGUCGACAUUAGGGAGCACGACCUUGGCCUCAAUAUAAUACAUAAGGCUUGUAUUCUUGGGCAAAGUCGUGUCUGGUGCAACUUGGUGCAACAAGAUGAUUGUUAGUGCUUGGAGUUCCUCAGUACAUGUUUAAGUGGUCUCUUUCACUCAAUUGGUGAGGUAUGUAGCACCAAUGUGAAACAACACAAGGUGUUAUGUCAUUUUGAUGUGGAUAUUCAAGAACUGAGUGUAUGAGAGUGAUGUUGGGACAUCUAAGCUGAAGGGGUCAGCAAUGAGUUGAGAGAGUACUACCUUGAUGCCUAAGUUGAAGCUUCCCUAGUAGGAACUUAGACAAGGUGGAGCAUGAUGCCACACGUAGUCUUAGGGACUCAUUUGAUAUAUUCAUUAAUUAUCUUUAUGAGUUUCAUAUACUUUGUGUUUUCUAGGCUGAGACAAGUGUUCAAGAAUAAUUUGAUGUUGACAAAAUGGCUUAAGCAGUGGAUGGUCGUCUCUAGGUCAUUGUGCAACUUGGCAGGAUUGGUUGCCUUGAAAAUCAUGCACGGUACCUUGGUUGUAUAGGCUUGAAUGACAGCUUGACUGACAUGGUGAUUCACCAUCCAUUAAUUGACCUUGGUGUUUAGUGCUACUAAUAGUAAUUGAUUUACUGAUGUGUCAUUAUUAACUAAAGCCAUCAGAUUUUUGAUCUCGUCAUUAGUGUUCUCGACAUAUUAAUGAAUCAAUCAAUAUUAGUAGCAUUAAGUAUCAAGUUUAAUUAGUGGAUGAUGAAUCAUUAUGUCGGCCAAGUCAACAUUCAAGCUUAUGUAGUCAAAGUAGCAUGUAUGAUUUUAAAGACAACUAAGCUGGCCAAGUUGCAUAGGAUACUAGUGAUGGCCAUCCACUGCUUAAGCCACUUUGUCAACAACAAAUUAAUUUUGAGCACUGGGCUCAGCCCAAAAUAUGUGAAGAAUGUGAGACUUGAAAAGAUAACUGAUGAAUAUAUCAAUCAAGUCCCUAAGGUCACGCCUGUCAUCAUGCUCCACCUUGACUCAAUUCUUACUGAGGUAGUUAGCAAAGGGUUGUCAAGGCGAUGCUCUCUCGACUCACCGUCGUCCCAUCAUCACUCUUAUACACUUAGUUCUUGAACAUGCACAUUAAAGCAACAUACCUUAUUAAUUGAGUGAAAAAAACCAUUGAUGCAUACAUUGAGGAACUCUUAAGUGCUACAGCCAUCUUCUUGCACCACGGUGCACCAUACACGACAUUGUCUAAGAACAUGGCCCUUAUGCACUAUGUCGAGUUCAAGGUCGUGCUCCCUGAUGUCAAUGUGAUGAUGGGCAUCAAUGGUUGCUGGAGCUGACAUUGAUGAACUGGUCAAUGCAUUAAUACCUGCCACUGCCAAAGGUAACUCUCUCUCUGAAUUUUCAACACAAUAUUAACACCUUGUUGAAUCUAUUUUCUUAUUGAUUUAUCUACUUCUUCUUUUAACUGCCGUUCAUCACUGAACGUUUUACUUAUCCACUAACCAUGCAUGAAGAAGUGAAUAUUCAUCUCCCAUGACCACAUCACUCAUUGGGGUCACACUAUCACAUCUACUCAUUGCAGAUUUUAUCUCCUUAUUGAUGUCCCAUUUGGUUGAGAAGUGUUUCGUACAAUAUUUGUGUCCUAGUCUGAACUAAAAUUUUAAAUGUUUUUAUUCAGAAUUUGAUACUCUUCUCAACCAAUUGAUGGCCAUUUAAAUUUGCAAAAAUAUAUGCCCUUUGGUUUCCACAAAUGUACUUGUUGUGGUUGUCCUCAAGCCAUCGAGUUCAAACUCUAACAUUGUCGUCAUCUAUGUGAGUAUACCUUCAGUUUUUUUAUCAUUUCUUAGCGUCGCUGUAACCUUUCAUGAAAUAACUCUGGUUGGAGUCCGCUAUAAGGAUGCAGAAAAUUCUUUACUCUGUGCUCAAAAUUUUGUGGAUAUCACCUAAAAAGGGCUCUGAAUAUCUUUGCUUGGGCUCUGGUUCAAGCUAAAGAUGACUGAACAAGGGAGGCCACGCAGGAUAUUAUAUCCAGUUGGAUUGUCCUUUAUGCGCAUCAAACAUUAAAGGGAAAAAGAUAAAAAAAAAAGGUUCUUUCUUCUCUAUUGACUGUAGGCCUGUUAAAUUCUUUCUGCUAUGGGUCUGACAGGCCUUAGCAUCCGCACAGGCUAUACUUGUCAUGUAAAACAUUGAAGUGGGAACUUCUUGUGUGUGAGAAAAAUCCAAGGGGCUGACAAGCGUGUCUUUGAUUUAUAUUUUUGUACAGUUAUCCAUGCUUUAUCCAUAUAUUUACCCUGUCUCUCUUUAUUUUCCAUGAUGCUUAGGUCAAGGAUAGCUUGAGGGAUGAUCUAAGGUAUCGAUCUGUCAAGCGUGAGGAUAGAGAGGCAUUCUUUAAUGAGUACAUAUCAGAGUUGAAGGCAGCAGAAGCAGAAGUUGAGCUUGCUGCGAAGGCCAAAAUAGAGGAGCAAGUAUGCAGCCCGGAAUUGUUUUCUUGUGUGCUUUUGCCUUGUAUUUUCUAUAAUUUACAUCGUAAUAUUAGCUUAAAAUGAUUGGAUUUUCGCUGCCGAUUCUUUAAUUGUUUGCUUUUUUUCUUUCAUGUUCAGGAAAAGUUAAAAAAGAGGGAGGAAGAAAUGCGCAAGAAAAAGCAGAGAGAGGAACAGGAAAUGGAGGCUGUGAGAUUGAGAGUUCGUAGAAAGGAGGCCGAAUCUUCAUAUCAGGCUUUACUUGUGGAAAAGAUUAAAGAUGCCAAGGUUGCUAUUUUCAUUAGUCUUCAUGCAUCCGUGGGAGAUAUUAUCCCUGUACAUAUGCUCCUUUUCAUCCCAGAGUGUUCUUCCAUUUCUGGUCCAUGAUCUAAUAUUUUCAUCUUUUCUGGAACAUAAAAAUUCCUGCAUGGUUGCUAUUUUCAUUAAUAUUCAUGCAUCCGUGGGAGAUAUUAUCCCUGUAUAUAUGCUCCUUUUUAUCCCAGAGUGUUCUUCCAUUUCUGGCCCAUGAUCUAAUAUUUUCAUCUUUUCUGGAACAUAAAAAUUCCUGCAUGGUUGCUAUUUUCAUUAAUAUUCAUGCAUCCGUGGGAGAUAUUAUCCCUGUAUAUAUGCUCCUUUUUAUCCCAGAGUGUUCUUCCAUUUCUGGCCCAUGAUCUAAUAUUUUCAUCUUUUCUGGAACAUAAAAAUUCCUGCAUGGUUGCUAUUUUCAUUAAUAUUCAUGCAUCCGUGGGAGAUAUUAUCCCUGUAUAUAUAUGCUCCUUUUCAUCCCAGAGUGUUCUUCCAUUUCUGACCCAUGAUCUAAUAUUUUUCAUCUUUUCUGGAAGAUAAUGGUUAGCUCGUUAUGUCCUUCCUUCCCUCUAUUGUAAUCGUCCGUUUUGGUCCUCUUUCUUAGGCAUCGUGGACUGAAUCCAAGCCAAAAUUGGAGAAGGAUCCUCAGGGGCGCGCCAAGAACCCUGAUUUGGACCAGGCCGACAUGGAGAAGCUAUUCCGGGAGCAUGUGAAGAACCUGUAUGAGGUAACCUUUCUGCGCUUUGCUUUAAUGGCUCCUUAUCAGUCAGUCUUCAGUGAUGCUGAUUCUCAUCCCUGGAUUAGUGAAUAAAAUCAUGCAUGUAUGUUCAACUGCAUCUCACCCAGUUUCAUCCUGCAUCUGAGGAAGCUGACCCAGUUUCUUCCUGCAUCUGGGCGAUCUCUAUUUAUGGGUUAUCAUCCCCAUGCUGAUUAAAGAUUAGAUCUUUUUAUGGCAUGGAAACAUUGGCGCUUACCCAUUAUAUUUUUAUGGCAUGCUCAUCAUGCCAAUCAUUGUUUCGCCAUAUUGGCUACCAUUAACCGACCUCCGUUCCCUUUCUUUUUCUUUUUUCUUUCCUUUUUUGGGGGGUGAAAUUUCUCAGCGCUGCGCUAGAGACUACCGCACCCUCUUGUCGGAGGUGAUCACGCCUGAAGCUGCCGAGAAGGCGGAUGCCGCCGCUGCCGACGGUGGCGGCAGUGGGAAGACCGUCCUCAGCUCCUGGUCUGAGGCGAAGAACCUCCUCCGAUCAGACCCAAGAUACUCAAAGAUGCCCAGCAAGGAGAGGGAGGCCCUGUGGUCGCGCCAUGCCGAGGAGCUCCGGCGGAAGCUCCGGCCGGCCGGUGGGGCUGCCAAGGAGAGGACCGACGGCGAGGCGAAGGGGAGGCCCGCGCCGCCCCGCGAUCUGCCUGGCGGCAGGUCGCCCAAGAGGCCCCGCCACCGGGCGGUGUGA